AUGGGCGCCGUGGGGUCGUCGGCGAGGCGGGGCGGGGGCACGGCGCUGGGGGACCUGCCGGAGAACUGCGUCGCCGAGGUGAUGCUCAGGCUGAACCCGACGGAGAUCUGCGGGAUGGCGCGGCUCAGCCGCACCUUCCGCGGCGCCGCGUCCGGGGACGCCGUCUGGGAGGCCAAGCUGCCGCGCAACUACGCGCGCCUCCUCGCCGCCGCCGGCGGUGGCGACGAGGAAGCCGCCGCGUUGGAGGCGGAGGCUAUCCCAAAGAAGGAGGUGUAUGCGCGGCUCUCCCGCCGCAACUCCCUCGACGGCGGCACCAAGGAGUUCUGGCUCGACAAGGCUGGUGGAGGCACCUGCAUGACAAUCUAUUCGAGGGCGCUUUCGAUCACAGGCAUCGAUGACAGGAGAUACUGGAACUUCAUUCCAAAUGAUGAAUCAAGGUUCCGUUCGGUUGCUUAUCUCUCCCAAAUCUGGUGGUUUGAAGUCAGAGGGGAGGUUGAGUUCUGCUUCCCAGAAGGUACAUACAGCCUGUUUUUCCGAAUUCACCUCGGCAGGCCUUUCAAGCGGCUCGGUCGCCGGGUUUACAGUGCCGAGCACAUCCAUGGGUGGGACGUAAAGCCGGUGCGCUUCCAGCUAUCGACUUCGGAUGGGCAGCAGGCCCAGUCCAAGUGUUACCUAACUGAUCCAGGCGUCUGGAUCUAUCAUCAUGUCGGCGAUUUCGUCGUGAAGGACUCGAACGGGCCACUGAAUAUCAAGUUUGCAAUGGUUCAGAUAGACUGCACACACACAAAAGGAGGCCUGUGUAUGGAUUCAGUGGUUAUAAAACCCAAAUGCCUUGCGCGGAAAAAGGGACCUGGGAGUUAUGAGUAG